AGUCAGCGGCGGUGGCGGCAGCGGGCGGCGACACAGGUUGCGGGUGUGUACACCGCGCGCGCGGCGCGUCCGACUAAUGUAGAUUGCCACACACAUAUAUAUAGAGAGAGAGAAAAGAAAGAGACAGAGCGCGGAUACCUCUACCUACAUUUACAAGAGGCCGCGGAGCAGCGGAAUAUACAUAGUCGACAUCCUAUAAAUAUAUAUAGGUAUAAUACACACGCGCGGCGCGCGCGCCUGUCCUAUAGACUGCUGCGGCUGCUGCUCUGCGCUGCUCCGAAGUCUCUACCUAUAUAGCGUGUGUACUUAUUUGGACAGUUGGAAACAUACAUUGGCGCAAGUGUUUGGUGCGUGUGCUGCCGAGGCUCUGCUCCGCUGGUGCCUGUGGUGUCUGUGCCCCAGUGCAGCAGUAGUGUCUCUCCGUCUCCGUGUGUGUGUAUGUGUUGGUUCGUUCGUUCGCUCGCUCGUUCGUUCGUUCGUUCCGUCAGUGUAAAUGUGUGCAGUGUUUUAAGAUUGUUAUCCACCUCGUCGUCGUGUAUAUGAUAAUAUAGUGAACCCUCGAUGUGCAUGUGAACGAGUCAACUAUAUAUACAUAUAUAUUAUACUAUACAUAAACUGUUGUGCGGAGAGCAUACACAACACUCGAUACUUAUGAAUUACCAUCGACUCAUCGUCAAAAUAAACAUCGCCAGCAGCAGCGAAUUUACAGAGUCGGACAUGUCUCCUCGCUGUUGCUGAUCAUUUGACACGCUCGUCCGUGCGUUAUCCUCGUCGUCGCCGUCGUCGCCGUCCUACUUUAGUUAUUAUCAUACAGACAUACCGAAAAUUGCACAUCGGCAUUUCUUCGGCUGAUCGUAAACCCUCCCGAUUAUUACGGUAACAUAAGAUGCAAUUCUGCAAAACAUAUUGAAUUAUACAUUUUCCACUAAACGGUAGAAAAAUCCAAGGAAACAACAGUAGUGAUGCCAACGUACCACAAUGCAGGUUGCAGCUAUCCAAACAUUACAGCAGCAGCAGCAGCCACCGGCCGUCACGCGAGCAGCAAGCUCGACGGCAACCAGAACCACCACUCGACGAUACCGUCGCACAUAGUGGCCGCCAGCUCGCACAUCGUCUGCUCGUUCGAGCGCUCAUCGAGCACUACCGCGACGCAGCACCAUCGCGAACAGCAGCAGCAACAGCAGAGCAGCUACACAACGGUACUCGCCGCCCUCGCCAUGACUACGUCAUCGUCGACGAUGUCAUCCACGAGCGGUGGCGGGGGCGGCGGCGGUGGUGGUACUACGACGGGGACGACGGGGACAACGCCGGCGAGCGGUGCAAGCAGCAAUUCAGCGUCAACACAACAACAUCAACCGACCGGCAACAGCAUGACCAGCCAGUUAUCGGGGAUGCCGAACCCCAACAGUCCAAGCGGCAACACUAAUUCCAAUUGCAACCUGGUGCAGAUCCAGCAGUCACAGCCACAGUCUCAGCCACAGUCACAGUCACAGUCACAGCAGCAGCAGCAGCAGCAAGGGGGUAAUAAUGCGCGUCACGAGGUCAAGCUCAACGCCAUGCCCUGGUUCCACGGCAAGAUAUCGCGCGAGACCGCCGAGAGACUGCUGAGGCCGCGCGAAGACGGCCUGUUCCUCGUGCGCGAGUCCACCAACUUCCCGGGCGAUUACACGCUGUGCGUGUGCUACCAGGGCAAGGUGCAGCACUACCGAGUCAAGUACAAGAGCAAUCAGCUCACCAUCGACGACGAGGAGUUCUUCGAGAAUCUGGCCCUGCUGGUCGAGCACUACGAGCAGGACGCCGACGGUCUGUGCACGCAGCUGACCAAGUCGCUGCCCAAGCAGGGUAAGCAGGACUUCUGCGUCGACCCGAAGGCCUUCGUCGAGGCCGGCUGGGUCAUACAGCCGCACGAGCUCGAGCUGCGCGAGUGCAUCGGCAAGGGCGAGUUCGGCGACGUGCUCCUCGGGGUCUAUCGGGGCGAGCGCGUCGCCGUCAAGAUGCUCAAGGACAACAGCGAGGCGGCCCAGCGCUUCCUCGCCGAAGCUAGUCUCAUGACCUCGCUCAUACACGACAAUCUCGUCAAGCUGCUCGGCCUCGUAUUCAGCAAUCCGCACAUGUACCUCGUCACCGAGUACAUGAGCAAGGGCUCGCUCGUCGAUUAUCUGAGGUCGCGCGGCCGACUGCACGUCUCCAAGCGCGACCAGAUCAAUUUCGCCUACGACACGUGCGCGGGCAUGGCCUAUCUCGAGUCGCGGCACGUGGUGCAUCGGGAUCUCGCCGCGCGCAACGUCCUCGUGGCCGAGGACAAUUCGGCCAAGGUGUCGGAUUUCGGUCUCGCGCGAGACGAGAACUUCUCCCUCGACGGCGGAAAGCUACCGAUCAAGUGGACGGCGCCCGAGGCUUUAAAAUAUAACAAAUUUUCCAACAAAUCAGAUAUGUGGAGUUUUGGUAUUCUCCUCUGGGAAAUUUAUUCGUUUGGAAGAGUUCCCUAUCCAAGAAUACCACUGGUCGACGUCGUUAAAUGUGUCGAAAAAGGUUAUAAAAUGGAACCACCUGAUGGGUGUCCUGCCGAAGUGUACGAUAUAAUGCGACAGGCGUGGGAUUUGCAACCAGAAAAACGACCUAACUUCCACGAUAUUAAAGUCAAGCUUGGGCAAUUGAAAAAUGAGUAUACCAAAAGUGGUAACUGAAUCUCAUUGUUUCAUCCACUUAAGUAUAUAAAAACAAAUAACUUGGUGACCUGAUUCAAGGAGUAUUUGCAAUUGAACAUUAGCCAUUUAUCGAAAUAGUUCGAUUCAUACGAGAAACAUAAUUUUAUGUAAAUUUCUUGAUUUAAAUUAACGGCUACACGUACGCACGCAAAUGCUCAUACAAUACGUUGAUGUAUGUUUAUGAACUUUUUUACUCAAAAUAAUGCUUCGUAAAGUGCUACUACUUAACGAGACGAACGAAAAUUUACUAAGAGGUAUAGUAUUCAAAUCACGCAUACAGUGUGCGACAUUUCGUUUGUGAUAAUCAUGCAUCUGUUAUUCCAUACUUUGACAUUAUCAAUAUGCAUUGAAAGUGAUAUUCCAUAACCCGUGCAUAAUUGUAAUAGUAAUCACGCAGCGUUUUUACACGUGCAAUUUUAAGACUCGCGGAUGCAAAUGUUGAAUUGCAUCCCAUGGAUUAUUUAUACUUUGAUAAUCGGCUUUUGUAACGGUUUCUAUUGUAGUCUACAGAUAAAUGUCAGUACCGUGCAAAUAACCAAACACAGUUUAAAUAGUUCAAUUGAAUCGCCCAAAAAAAAUUCUAUAUUCGUCGGCGCGACUUUAUCGAAAGCUUUUUAGUCAUGACGGUUGUUCUUACACUUAUAUUGUUAAACAAUUAAUUUUGUGCAAUGUUCAAUUAUUUUUAUUUUGAUGAUUCGUGAAAUUUUUACGAAUCACAAUCGAUAAAGGCAAUAUAUUGUUAUUGCUGAACUUUAUUGAAGACUUUCGGCUCUAAGAGUCUAUGUACUUCAAUAAGAGAAAAUCGCAAGUAAAAUUGUUCUAAUUUUUAGUUUUAAUAUAAUUGAGUUGAUAUAUUUUUCUAAAAAAAAAUCUAAUGUGCUUUACUAACUGAUUAUUAAAUUUUUAUGGGUACAAAUCAGCUGAUCUGCACAAAGCUAAGUUUUUAAAUUAAAAUUACAAUUAUUUUGAGAAUUUUAUGUGACUCAAAAGGUGAUAGUGGCUCAAAAUGUACUGUCGAAAAAUCGUGAUUUUUUAUACAGUUCUUGAAGUAUGUUUGGAAUGAUAUUUUAUUCUUAUUGAACGUACAGAGCAUCUACGUAGCUUAAAUUCUGCGCUCAGAGAAAACUAUCAAUUUGUGUGACUAGAGUUGUGUGCUUGACAGUUUUUAAACGAACAAUUAUGUAUUUUACAAGUUUUAUCUUGAGGUAGUUCUUGUAAAUCCAGACAAAUAUAUAUAUUCCAAUAAUUAUGGUAACAGGUUACAAAUACAAAUUCUUAUAAAAUAAUGUUGCACCCUUUAAAAUUUUAAUCAAUUACAAGAACUACAUCAAUCAUCCAUUACUUUGAGAGUAAUAGAUGAAAAUUAAUCAUAUUUAUUCUUAGAAAAAAAAAGUAAUUAUUAUUUACCGUGAACUAAGUGUACAUGUGCGAUUGUAAAUAUUUUUGUAUAUAAUAUAAUGAUAUUUAAUUACUUAA